AUGCGGGAACACCAUUCUAUCCGUCUGAAGGCAUUCUUUCUCUUAAAUGCUACUGCAUUUGUCAUGUCCCUGCUCACCAUUAUGCUGCUUCUAGACAAGCGGCUCAUCAUCCCAUUACUCCAUGACAAGGUUCCAAGCACAACUAGACCAGUGCGGACUAUAGUGCUCAAAGCAUACAUCUCUAUUGCUCUUGUCGGUCUUGCGGGGGCCUAUGCCACCGGAAGCAGCCGAGAAAGUGACACUACCAUCUAUGUGGGCAGUCUAGUUUUUGCCGUUCUUGCAUGCAUUAUUGUCCUCAAGACAAUUAUAUUCCAUCAGUCAGAUUCAAGUGACAGGUCAAGUAAUGGGACGAGAAGAAGAAAUGGUGAAGCACAGGCAAACCCAAGCAGUAGAAGAGAACAAACAGGCACAAGCCAUGGUGGAGCCAAGUUGCCCACAAGCAAUGGUGUACCACCGACCACAAGAAAUGUUGGAGUGCAGACGGACACGAGCAAUGGUGGAGCAGACACAAAUACAAGCAAUGCGGAUAUUCUGGAGAAGGCUCAAUCUCUUGUUGUACUGCUUUCCACUCUUGUAGCAACUGUCACAUACCAAGCAGGACUAGUCCCACCAGGUGGUGUUUGGCAGGACAACUGGAACGGACAUGAGGCUGGCGAUCCAAUACUCCUAUCCAUGCAACCAGAACGUUACAAGGUAUUUUUUUACUGCAACUCAAUGGCCUUUGCAGCGUCCUUGGUCAUCAUCAUCUUGGUCCAGUAUAAACCUAUGCUCAAGCGCCGCAUACUACAGUUUGCCAUGAUACUGGAUUUGUUUGGCCUAAUUGGUGCAUACUCUGCUGGGAGCUGCAGAGAUGUAACCACAUCCAUUUAUGUCAUUGCCUUGGCUGGAGCUGUCCUAGUCUAUGUGAUUAUUCAUGUUCUGUUCGUCACACUUGAAGAUGAGGACAUAGGAAAGAAGGGUGGGGACAAGGACAGGAAGCUUGAGGACAAGAGGCGCAAGAGGUUGCUCCUUUUUGCUGUGUUGGGUGCGACCCUCACUUAUCAAGCUGGGUUGACCCCACCAGGCGGGUUUCGUCUGAAGGAUGAUGAGUUUGGGCACAAUGCAGGCGACCCUGUCAUCUUUUACAACUAUCCAAGCCGUUAUAAGGCGUUCUUCUACUGCAACUCAGUGAGCUUCAUGUCAUCGAUUGCACUCAUUAUACUCCUUGUGAACCCAAUCCUGUACAGACCAGCCAUACGAAGCUAUGCUCUCUCAGUUUGCACAGCGGUAGGCAUGUUUGCUCUCAUGUGUGCCUAUGCUGCCGGAAGCACCCAACACCUAAAAACAUCCAUAUAUAUCUUCGGGUUGGUAGCUUUAGUGCUCUUCAUUAUGAUCUUAGUCCUAAUAUGUUUCUAUCAUAGAGAUGUCAAUACAGGAAGCAUGUCAACCAACGAAGAAGAUUUAGAGACAGGAAGUGGAGUUAAGACCCCUGUGAAACAAGAAGCCUUCACUGAGACAAAGUCUGUUGAUGAAAUAAAAGAAGAUAACACAGCAGCAAAGUCCCCUAAAACAAAGGAAGAUGACAGCACAGUGGAAUCCUCUGAAAUAAAAUAUGAGGGUGAAUCCAAACAAAAUACAACCAACAAGUCCAUUGAACAGAAUAGAACAGACACAGACUCUCUCAGGACAGAGGAAGACUCAAAAAAGAAACAUGCAACACGCAAAUACUUGAUGUUGUUAGCAGUCUUGGCGGCAAGUGUUACUUACCAGGCCGGCCUCAACCCACCUGGGGGUGUGUGGCAGGGCAAUAGCAAUGGUCAUGCAGCCGGUGACCCAGUUAUGCAUGACAACAGAAGGUACCGUUACCUCAUCUUCUUUUACAGCAACUCUUUUUCCUUCAUGGCAUCCAUUGUUGUUAUCAUCCUGUUGCUACCGGAGAAACUGCUAAGGGAGAACCGGUCGUUUAAGGUGAUGCAUUUAACCAUGGUCAUGAACUUGCUCGGCCUCCUACUAGCCUACAUGGCUGGCUCCAGAAUGAGGUCAGAGUCUUCUGGAUAUUUCAUGGAGUUUGUUAUCACUACACUAUGCUUUGCUGCACUCCACAAGAUUCUAUCCAGCGAAAAGGAGCAACAAAAUGAUCAGCCUUCUCAGGUAGACCAACAAGGGGAUAGUCAAGUCAGUUAGUUUAGAUGUUACUGUGCCUUGUAACUCUAUCAACACAUGAUUUCUUUGUUUACUAGGAUGCAUUUUGUACUUUCCAAUAUAUUAGCUGGAUAAAGUCAGGCACAAUCACAAUGUAUGUGUUCCCAAAAAAUAAACCAUGAUUAUAAAUAUCAAAGUUAAGUCCUGCUUGCCCAAUUUUUAGGAGCCAAAAGAGACUUCCAGGUUUUCAGAAGUAUUGAAACAUGUCAAGUGGCUUUCAAAUAGUACAGUUUGCUUCUACAAUAUUUUUGAACUAAAUUUGAUAUUUUCUGAUCUAAAAAACAAUUUCUUAAAGGGCUUUGUGGUACAUUUAUUUAAACAAAGUAUAUGAAUCUUAAAAUAAAAUCAAUUUUUAAUG